CGCAACCACGCAACCGCAACCGCAUUAACUGAACUUAUCAACUUGCCCGUUGCCGCAAGUUGCGUGUUGAUUGAGUGUUGCUGUUGUUGGAUUGGAUUUUGAUUUUGAUAGUUUUGGUUAUUAGUGCUUUAGGUUAAGGUUAAACCUCACCUCAUUCCUCCAAUUUAAUUGGAUUAAGUCAAUUCUGAACUUAUUUCACUUCCUUAUUCUCAAUUUCAAGAAUUGAGAAAUUUUCAGUUAAUUGCGAAGAUUAACUUCAAGUUUGGGGAUUCCCAGCUCUCCAUAUGUGAUUUAAAAUGAAAAACUCAUAAUCAUGGUUAGAAAAAGAUCUAAUUCCGCACCAGUUACACCUAUCUCUAAAACUGGUAAAACACCAAAAAUUAAAUUUAAAGGUGUCGUGAGCAAAACAAUAAAAACUAAAGACAAAAAACCAUCAUCACUUGAAAAAGCAAAAGUAAAAAAGAUUUGUGAUGGAUCGAAAAAACCAGAUUUGCAAAUGGAAGAAAAUCCAAUUGCAAAUAGGAAAAAGAAGAAUAGUCCACUUCACAGAGAAACAAACAAACCGAAGACCAAAGCACAAAAACCCUCUAAAAUGGUCAAAAAAGAAACUACAAAAAAACCUACUAGGCCUAGUAAAUCAGAUACUUCAAGUGGUAACAGUAAAAGAUCACAAUCCAAAGAUAAAUCGUCUGCUGUACCAAAAAAAGAAAAGAAAAAAUUAAAAAAUAUAGUUAAUAAUAAUAAUAACGAAAGUAAUAAACAAGAGCCAGAAGAAUGUGCGAAGAAUAUAAAACGAGGAAGAAAAAGAAAGAAAUCAUUUGGAGAGUCAAAAGCUGCACCAGAAGAACUAGAGAAGACAAAAAAUGAAGAGAAAGGAAGAAAAAGAAAGAAAUCAUCAGGAGAGUCAAAUGGCACUAAUACUGCACCGGAAGAAGUAGAGGAGACCAAAAGUGAAGAGAAAGCCACAGAGUAUACAGACCAGUCUUGUCCGGACAGUCUUGCCAUGAUUGAAAUGCAUGGAAGCUCAGAUGAUUUACCAGACCUAAUAGUGUAUGGUCGAGAAGACGGUGAUGGGAGUGUUGGUGUUAUAAGUGAAGCUCGUAAUGAUCAAAUUGUUGUAGGUGAGGAUGGUGCUAACACUGAAGGGGCUGUUGAAGAUAAGGAUGGUGCUGACACUGAAAGGGCUGUUGAAGAUAAGGAUGAUGCUGACAGUCAUGUUGAAUCAGAGUCCAGCAGUUUACCCGACUUCGCAGCCCUCUAUGAUGAAUGGGAACAGUUAAUCAGUGACGAUUCAGAUGAAAAUGCCCUUACUAAUAAAGACGCUGAAGAUGCCUCUGACUCACUACCUCUACAUGAUGAAGGUGCCCUUACUAAUAAAGACACUCAAGAUGACUGUGACUCGCUACCUCAACAAGAUGAACGUGCCCUUACUAAUAAAGAUGCUGAAGAUCUCUCUGACUCGCUACCUCAACAUAAUGAAGAUGCCUUUACUUCAAAUAAGAAAAAAGCUGAAGAUGACCGUGACUCGAUACCUCAACAAGCUGAAACAAAAGUAAACAGCGUUGACCAUGUUAACCGUGAUAAAACUACAUGUGCAUCAUCAGAGGAUUCAAUCAAGAAUAAAAUCUUGGAAUCAAACAAAAGAAAAACAACUGAGAUCCCUUCGGAGGUUUCAAAAAUUGAUUUUACAGGUUUAUUUGAAGAUGAAGAGACUCUGCCUGAAACAGCAAGUCGUGGUCCUUCCAUGAUUCCACAGAGAAAAUCUUCAUCACCUAAAAGAUCAAUUUUGGAAGAUGAUUUGUUGUUAUCUUCUAGUCCGAGUAGUUUACAAAGCAUGUUUUCAAUUAGCAGUUUAUCAUCAAGCAGUACAAAAGGAGGGAGUGAACUAAAUAAAAGUAAAAAAUAUGAGGUGAAAACAGUUAGCCCGUGUUCAAAAGUCACACUCAAGAGGAAAACAGAUAGGCCCAGUUCUGUUGAAAGGCAGUAUAAAAGAAAGUGUCCUGAACGCAUUGAUUCCACCUUUCCAUCAAACUCAUCUCUUGAACUUGAAGAUCAGGUUUUAAACUAUAAAAAUGUUACUCAAGCAUCUCCUUCAAGUACAACAGGAUCUGAAAGCGGGAGUUGCACAAGAGAGUGUAGUGUUACACUUGUCCGUAUGGAUGACAAACUUGCCAAGAAACAGACUUCAACUGGCAGUUUGAUGAAACAAGACAAUUCAACUCACUCAAAAUCAGAAAAAAAUUAUGUUGAUUUGAAUGAGGAGCAAACAAAACAGCUCCCUUACUCCAUAUCAAUGAAAGACUGCUCAAUAAAAGUUCAAAAAUUAGAACAAGAACUCCAAAAAUUUGAUGCAUCUUUAUCUCCAUCAAAAGAAAAAAAGCAGCCGACUUUAAAUUUAUCUUUAAGCAGCUCACCAAAGAUGCCAGAAUUCAUUCCCAUAAAAAAAGAUCCUACUUCAAAUUCAUCAAGCAGUUCACCAAGGAAGUCAGAACACAUUACCAUAAAAAAAGAUUCUACUUCAAAUUCAUCUUUAAGCAGCUCCAAAAAAAUGUCAGAUGACAUUGCUAUAAAAUAUAGCCCACAAAAGAUGUCAAAAAACAUUACAAUAAAAAAAGAUGGACCAAAAAGCAUAUCCCCAGGAAAAAAACCAAAGGUCUUAAAUUUGUAUUCCGAUUCCGACAAGAAGAAAACUACACUGAUAAAAGAACCAUGUAGUAACGAAUCACAUAUCACUGAAAGCAGUUUGUUUCUUCAACCUGUCAUUCAAUCAAGAAAUGAUGACAAUGCUAAGAAUAACCAAAGUUCUAAAAGGGCAAAUGCGCUGCUUUACAACUUUGAUGUCAAAGUUGUCAACAUUGUGGAACCAAAAUUACCAAUUAAUCCAACUUUCAAAUUACCCCCGGCCUGUCCUGAAAAAAGAAAACCCCCUGUUGAUAAGCCUGAGAUCUUCAGAAAGCCAUUUAGCAGGACAAGCAAAACUCUUAUUGAUGUUACAAGGGAUUUUGGGGAAACCGCAGCAGUUAGUGAUCCAGACCCAUUGUGUCAGUCAAACAACCAGGAAGAUGACAAUGAUGAUAAUCAGUCUUGCAUUUCGUUAGCAGCCGCCACACAUCUGAUAAACUUUUUUGAUAGAGAAGUAGAAGAAGAGCCAGAAAAUACUAGAUUUCGUAUGAAGAAAGGAAAUGUGACCCAGUCUAAUCCCUCUAAAAAUCAAUUUUAUUCCUUAAGAUCCAAUGAGCCAACUUGUUCCAAGAUAGAUUCAACAUCAUAUCCACCUAUUAUAACUACAACCAGAGAGGAGCCGUCAUCCAGUGUUUUUAAUACUAGUAGCUUCUGGGAGAAUAAAGAAGAUGAUGAUGAAGAAGAGGAAGAUGAUGAUGAUGAUGCACUUGCAUUUAAAAGAAGAAAAACUGUGAAAGAACAAAAGAAAGUAUCGAUUUUAAUCAAUGAAGCAGAGACAAAAUCAAGAUCUUAUAAAAAUAGUGCCCACGAGAGCUUAAACCCAAAUGAAAUUGUGAAGCUUGGUGAACCAUUUCAUGGUUUCUGUCUCAAUUUCCUGAGGAGUUCCGUCCCAAAAAGUGACAAUCAUAAAUGUAACUUGAAACAUGAGGUUCCAAAAUUUCUUUUCCGGCCCUCAAAAUGGAGUACAAAAGAAAUUUCAAGAGGAAUCCUGCAAGUCAGCUGUCGAAACUUCAAUAACCCUCCGUUGGGAUUUUUAAAAGGGAUUGUUUCAUUUUCCAUUACACAAAAAGAACAAGACAUUAAUUUAGUAAAACAAGUUCUUAUUGGAAUGAAAAACUGUAUGUCAUCUGAUGACAUAACUAAUGAGAGGUAUCUUGACAUUUGGAAUGAAUUUAUGAAAUCGCUGUUUGGAAAUGUAGUGAAAUUUGUAAAAGACCCAGCCGAUGUCAUCAAUGAUUUACUCUCCACUGCAAUACCAAACCAUAACCAGAUGACAGACUUGGAUCAGAAAAUACUGACUUCUGCUCUCGAUUUAAUAACAAGUUUGAGCUCGUCAUUGAAACUGUUAAGUUGUGUUGAAUUUUUAAAUAAAAGAAGGUGUAAGUUAGACUUGUAUCCAACAAGUUUUAUAGAAGCAGUGAUACACCAAGUUAAAAGAUUUCCUACAAAAAACUUUGUGUUCAAAGUUUACAAAACAUUUUUUGACACUUAUGAAGACUGUAUAAAUUUGCACAACAAAACCGAGGCAUUGACUGAAGAAUUUUUGAAAUUGGCGGCCCCACUAAUCACAAACUACAAGAACGUUGUAUUAGAUAAAUUGGAUUGUCUUAUAAACCGCAGAGAGGAUCAGAAUCAUAGUAGCUAUAGGCAGAAAAUGAAUAAUGGCGACUUAAGUCGUAGAGACAUCUUAACACGACAACCGACUUCAAAUGACAACAAAUGUGCUUUAGAUCAGCAAUCUACCAAUAUGAAUAAUGUCGACUUAAGGCUUAGAGAGAUCUCCACACGACAACCGACUUCAAAUGACCAAAAAUUAGCUUUAGAACAGCAAUUAGCCAAUACUAUGAUAGUAAAUCGUACUCCUGGGCUAACUGAAUUACUACAAACAAGUAAUCCAAGAAAUAUAUUCCACAUUAUCAGGCCUAUGGGAAGUUUACAUUAUCUAAACGAGCUGCAGAGUUUUGGAGGUACUAUCAAAAAGAAAUGCAACAACAUUACAAUGAGCUUUAUUCUCCUGGAAAGUGAGCGAGGCUAUUGGGAUAAUUGCUACAGGUUAUAUCAACAGAUGAUUGAAUUUAACCCUGAUGAUGUUCAGGAUUUUGUAAAUGAGGAAAACAACCCAUUGAAGAGAUUAUUGACAAUAGUACAAUGCUGUUUGGAAUCACAUCAUUUAGAGGAAGCAAUACAAAUGUGUACAAAAUAUGGUUUGUUUAGAGAGCGUCAUUCACAGUGGCUACAAAACAACAAAGACAAAGAAAAAUGGAAACACCUAUGUCAAAGUAUUCUAAAUGCCCUUGAUGAGCUCUCAGAAAUAAAUGAACAUGUCGCUGAUUUGUAUAUAAACAUUAUGAAACAACAAGAAUCCUUGUGUGUGCCAAUUCGGAUUCUAGAUGUACUGGAGAAAUUCUUUGAAAAUGCAGCAAUUGAAUUGGAUUGUACGAUUAUUUGCAAUCUUAUAACUAAAGUAGUUAUGGCCAUUUCACAAGCUAAUCUAGUGAAGGAACUACAACUUGGAAUAGAUUAUUAUAGAAUUCUCGUCGUAGCUAUGUGUAGAUCAAAUGUGCCUCUAUUGGAAGUUGGUCCAAUAUGUGCUAGGAUCAUGAAGAGGUCUCAAACUCUAUCCCGUUUUUAUCCUCAGAAUUGGAAUAAAGAUUGUGACAAGGUUACUGUAAACUGUUGUUUUACAGUUGAGGAACUUCAAGCAUACAUUCUUUUUAAGCUUCUAACAUUCAAGAAAACUUUUGAGACGAAAUCCCUAUACUUUUCAAUUGAGGAACCCGAGGUAAAGGAAGAAUUUAAGCACCCUUACCUCCAAAACGUUGAAUGCUCUGUCAGGGCUGCGAUACAGAGAUUUAAGAAGGCUUGUCAAACCAUUGAUGAGGGAUUUAAGCCUUCGUGCUUGAUUAUCAAGGACAGUUUGAUAAUAAUGGACAAGGUGGUCGGGAAUGAACUGCUCAAGACAGCCCCUAGUGGUAAUAAUUGACUGAUUAAUUGUUAAGAAACCAAAUGUCCAAAUCAUGCCUUUUAAAGAGUAUACAAGUAUAUGUUAAGGUUUACCGUUCUCAUAUUAUUACUCUUAACAACUUAUAACUUUCAAAUAAAGUUCCUUGCUCUGUAAUCUUUUCUGUAAUUGUUUCAGUUUGAGCCAUCACUUGUUAACAUCACAAGUUACUUAUGUUUACAUGUAAAUUGUUGUCAUAUUUUGAUGAUAAGUAUUUUUAUGUGUGAAUUGUAUACACUAUGAAUUGUACAUUUGUAAAGCUACUAUUGCUGUAAUUAUAGUAUGUAAGCAAGGUAAUUGUUUUGUUUAUUUUAUGACAUAAAAUAAAUUAAUA